GCUGUUUCAUUAAUGGUUGCAGCGCAGUUGCAGUUGCAAGUUGCAAGUUUUUCACAUCGAUUUGCAACUCUCGAAUAAGUGCGUUUCAUUAAUGCGGUUGCAACUUUUAUUAGGUUAAACACAACCUAUUCAUACAAUCGUGACGUCAAUUGCGCGCGCGAGCGUCAGACGAACUAAAAAUAACAUGGCGGCUCGUAGUUCGAAUUGGACCAAAGAAGAAACAGAAAUUCUUGUAAACGGCUAUGUUGCAAACCGAGAGGCGCUGUUCGGAAAAUUUUCGAGUACGAUUACAAACGAAGAGAAGGAGAAAACGUUUUGUGCCAUUUUAGAAUCUAUUAAUGCUGUGGGAGGCCAUGGGAGGUCCAUUGAAGACCUCAAAAGUAAAUGGAAACAACUUAAGUGCCGGACUGUUGCAAAGGCACGAAAAAACCAUAAAGAAGUACAGAAGACAGGUGGUGGGGAGCCAGUAAAGGGACUCAAUACUGUUCAAGAAAAGGUACUCUCCUGUGUUCCAAAGGUGGUCCUGGAUGGGCUGAAAGGGAAUGACACCGGACAUAUAGUAAAUCCUGAAAAUGACAGAUUUACAGCUUCACAAACUGAUCUCAAGUCACAAGCUGUUGCAGAUGAAGCGCGGUCAACCCGAUACCUUGACACAAAGUCCAUGUCUCGAACAUUCACGAAUUGA